AGGAUUUUGACAUUCAGGCGUGGAGAUGCUGUGAAACGCGACGAGGAGAGUACGAUGAUUCCAUAGAGAGGCAUAUUGCAUGGAGUUCCGGUCAUUCAGAGGGUGGAUGACAGACGCAAGCUCGGGAUGACGGUGGAUAGUUGAUUCAGUGACUAACAAGACUUCGUCGCUUCGUCCAAUUAUUCAGAUGAAGGUCGAAAUUGACUCUUUCUCCGGUUACAAAAUCUACCCCAGCAGGGGCCGUCUUUUCGUUCGUGGGGACAGCAAAAUCUUCCGCUUCUCCACGUCCAAGACCCAGUCCCUCUUCCUCCAGCGAAAGAACCCCCGCAAGAUCGCAUGGACACAAGUCUUCCGCCGCAUGCACAAGAAGGGUAUCACAGAGGAGGUCGCCAAGAAGCGCUCACGCAAGACCGUGAAGCACCAGCGUGGCAUUGUCGGUGCUGAUCUUGCGGCUAUCGCGGCCAAGCGGAACCAGACAACGCAGGUCCGCACCCAGCAGCGGUUGGCUGCCAUCACCAAGGCCAAGGCCGAGAAGAAGGAAAAGGAGGCUAAAAAGCCGAAGCCUCAACGCGCGGCUGCCCCAUCCGGCUUCAAGAAUGUCUCGAAACAGGGCGCAAAGGGCGGCAAGGGUGGUCGUUGAGCGAUCGUGUGCUGUGUUGUUGACCUCUUGUUUCCUUUCUUAUGGUCCAUGUAUUAUGACUUCCCCCCGCACGGAAAACUCUAUGCGACCCUGCAUGCCUCGUC